UACACAAAAGGUUGCCGCGGUCGCCAUGUUGCUGAAUGAAAUUAGCUCCAAAACAUUGACUAGCCGCUAGCAAUAUUGAUAUUUUAUUUUUUCGUCUAGGUACAUUUGUUACAGCAUGUGACUUACUGUAAUCAUGACCUAGGAUUUAUGACACUACUACAGAAGCCCCAUUCCCCAUUAUUGUGUUUAGACAUAGUAACAGUGUCACGCAAUGCACCAUGGAAGUGGAUCACAGAAUAUGCAACGACAGCUCCAGAGAUCCAAGUCUAUCAGCGGGUCUGAAGCAGAGGAGCCGCCGCAGCAGCCUAACGUGGCAGCUACGCAGCAGCAAGCUACAGUUAACCACCCUCAGUCGCCCGUGACCACAUUUUCCUCCGCUGCCAGCCCUUCAGCCCCUCAAUCACCCAAUUAUCAGAUAAUCAUGAGUCGUAGCCCAGUCACUGGCCAGAACAUGAACAUCACAUUACAAAAUGUGGGACAGAUGGUGACUGGUAACCAGCAGAUCACCCUAACCCCACUCCCCAUCCAAAACCCAGCAUCCCCAGGCUUCCAGCAUACUGCAUCUCAGUGGAGGUUUGAGCAUGCUCCAUCCUCCUAUAUCCAGGUCACCUCGCCUGUGCCCCAACCCAUGCAGCCUCAAAGUCCUACCCAGCAUAGCCCAGUCCCUCUGCAAGGUGUUACCAGGCCAGGAGCACCCACAACAGCACUGGGUGUGUGUGGACAGAGUCCAACACGAUUUGUUGAAACUGGUAUGUUAGUGCGACAAAUCAGUUUAGGCAGUCCAUCAGGAAGUGGCCACUUUGUUUACCAGGAUGGGACAGGACUGGCCCAGAUUGCCCCAGCCACAGCUGGCCAGGUACAGCUGGCCUCUGCAGGAGCACCAGGCUCUGUGAGGGAACGCCGGCUCUCUCAGCCUCACUCACAGACUGGGGGCACCAUCCACCACCUCGGACCUCAAAGUCCAGUGGCCUCUGGUGCCGCUCUCCCCACUCUUGGCAGUCCUGGUCACAUCACCACUUCCAACCUACCACCACAAAUCAGCAGUAUCAUUCAAGGACAGCUGGCACGCCCUAUGAUUUUUGAGAAGACCUCAGGGGGUGUGGUAGCUGGAGUAGGAACCACCACGGCUGCAACUUUCAGUAUACCUUCCUCCAUUCCCCCUUCUAGCCCAUCCCUCACUAGUCCACCCCAAGGAAGCACCAACAAUCCUCUUGCAUCCACCAUCCUGACUGUGGGUACUAUGAAGAAGCAAGUUCCCAAGAAGUUGGAGGAAAUUUCUCCUUCUACACCAGAGAUAGCCCAGCUUAGAAAACAGUGCUUGGAGCACCACAACAAGAAGAUGGAGAACCUAAAGGAAGUGUUCAAAGAAUAUCUGAUCGAGCUUUUCUUUCUGCAACACCUGCAAGGGAACAUGAUGGACUACCUAGCUUUUAAGAAGAAGCCCUGUGUUCCAUUGUAUACUUACUUGAGACAGAACGACUUGGACAUUGAAGAUGAGGAGGAAGAAGAAGAACAGUCCGAGGUCAUUAAUGAUGAGGUAAAGGUUGUUACGGGAAAGGAUGGCCAAGCAGUUACACCAGUUGCCAUAGCAACACAGCUUCCACCCAAUGUUUCUGCAGCUUUCUCUGUCCAGCAGCAGUUUCAGGGACACCAAGUGACCACUGCUGGCACCAUUACAAAUCCUGGAGACAUGGAUGCCUUUAAGAGGCAACAGGCUAUGGUGCAAGCAGAUCAGGCUAAGAGGUCCCGGAUUGACGUUGGUCGCCAUGGGCUGAUUUUCCAGCAUCCUGGUGUAUCUUCUUUAGGAUCACCUGGCGUUCCACUCCAGCAGCUUAUGCCAACUGCGCAAGGCGGGAUGCCGCCUACUCCUCAAGUGGUCCACAUUGCAGGACAGAAACAGAACCAGCAGCAAUACGACCCAUCCAAAGGACCUCCAGUGCAGAAUGCAGCCAGCCUGCACACCCCACCUCCCCAGCUGCCUGGCAGGUUGCCCCAAGGUGGCCUCCCUAUGGCAGGCCUACCCAUGACACUCUCUCAGCAGGCUCAGUUAGUGGAGAAUACAUCUCAGCCUGGUGGUCAACUUCAGGCCCAGGUGAAGGUGCAGGCGGGUGGGCCUGUCCUGGCGACAGUUAACCCCCACACACAGCUCCAGGCCCAACUGCAGCAGCAGAUGCAGCCAGGUCUUCAUCUUCAACUGCAACCUCAGCAGCAACAAUCCCAGGCCAUUCUGCAGUCGGGACAAGCGACGGUGACACUUGCUCGCCCAGGUACAGAGUCAAACCAGCCAGUUCAGAGGAUUAUGACCAACUCGAUAUCCAUGACUUCCAUUUCUCCUGCUCCCCUCUCUACGCCCAACUCUGUUACAACCCCCCACACUGCAAGUCCACUCCGUCCUCUUGCCUCUAACAUCAACACAAGCCCCCAGUCCAAACUGACUGGGACAAAUGGUAUAUCCGCAGUCAAAAUUGGUGGCUUUGGUCAAACUGCGACCAUGCAGUCCUCACAGGAGGGUUCUCAGGAUAAGCAAGUUGAGCAAGCCAAACUGGAGAGUCAAGUGCAUCAACGCAUCUCUGAGCUAAGGAAGGAGGGCCAGUGGUCAGCAAGUAGACUUCCCAAGCUUGUGGAAGCCUCACGUCCAAAGUCCCACUGGGACUACCUCCUGGAGGAGAUGCAGUGGAUGGCAGCAGAUUUUGCCCAGGAGAGAAGAUGGAAAGAGGCUGCCGCUAAGAAGCUUGUUCGCACAUGUGCCCGUUACCAUCAAGAGCAGAAGAAAAGUGAAGAGAGGUCAAAGAAAGAAAGAGAAAUUCACCUAAGGCACAUUGCUAGCACAAUAGCCCGAGAGGUGGAAUUCUUCUGGUCAAACAUUGAGCAGGUUGUGGAAAUUAAACUCCAGUUUGAAAUUUACGAAAAGAGGCUCAAAGCACUCCGCUUACAAAAAGCCUCAGCCAAAGUACCCGGUCAGUCAAUCGGAGAGAAGAGUGAUAAAGAGGAGGCAGCAACUUCAACAAAAAAAAGAAAAUCAAGUUUUCCUGUGUUUGAUGAACAUGUCCCAGAUGAAGAGAGCACCAUGGAGGAACAGGAGGCAAUGGAAGGGGAGGCAGAUCACAAAUCAGAGCUUGUUGACCUUGCAAAAAAUGCCGAGAUGCCUCUGGAUGCUUUGAUGAAGCAGUAUGCUGGCGCCUAUGUUGAUAGCUUUGAGUGGCCUCAGCCGAGUCCUAGUCCAAGUGAAGAGGAUUACAUGGAAGAGACGGAAGAAAUGGAGACUCCUGUGGUGAGUCCACCUGAAGCAGUGUUGAUUGACUCUCUGCUGUGUGUGGACCAGUACCGUGGUGCUGACAAAGCCUCCUCCUGUGACACUAAUGGGAAGCCUGCCAAAGAUAUAGCUGAAGUGGCUGCCGCCACAGAGCUCAUCCUGCCCAAGGGCAGCUUCAGGACAACCUCCUCAUCCCGCAGCACAGCUCCUUUCCUUCUCCAUGGGUCUCUGCGAGAGUAUCAGCAAAUCGGUGUGGACUGGCUGGUAAACCUUCACAGGAAACACCUCAAUGGCAUUCUUGCCGAUGAGACGGGUCUUGGCAAGACAGUACAGACAGUGGCUUACAUGGCCCACUUAGCUGGUCAAGAAGGCAUCUGGGGACCCCACCUUGUUGUGGUAAGGACGUGCAAGUUGCUAAAUUGGGAGGUGGAGUUCAAGCGCUGGUGCCCUGGCCUUAAAAUCCUCCUGUACCUUGGCAACAGAAGGGAGCGGAGAUCGAAGAGAAUGUGGUGGGGGGAAGCCAACAGCUUCCAUGUAUGUGUGACAUCCUACAAGCUGCUGAUGAAAGACCAGAGCCAUUUUCUUCGGAGAAAGUGGAGGCACCUGGUCUUGGAUGAGGUGCAGCACAUAAAAAACAUGACUGAGAAACACUGGGAAACAGUCUUUGCUCUCAGAAGUGAGCAGAGGAUUCUUCUCAUCAACACACCUCUACAGAACACUCUAAAGGAGCUGUGGACCAUGAUCCACUUCCUUUUGCCAGGAAUCACCAGGCCUUACUCUGACUUCCCCGUUAAGGCAGGCACAGACCAGAACCAGGACUACUGCCACAAGCUAGUCAUCCGUCUGCACAGGAUGAUCCAGCCGUUCAUCCUGAGACGCUCCAAAAGGGACGUGGAAAAACAGCUGCCCAAGAAGUACGAGCACAUCCUAAAGUGCCGUCUCUCCAACAGACAGAAGAGCCUUUACGAGGAUAUCCUCACUCAAUCAGGAGCUCAGGAAGCACUGAAGACAGGCCAUUUCGUAAGUGUGCUUCAGGUCUUGAUGCAAUUACAGCAAGUGUGUAACCAUCCUGAGCUGGUGGCACCCAGAGAGACCAGCAGCUCCUAUUUCUGCUCCUCUCUUCAAUACAAUGUCCCAUCACUGGUGCUGGGAGCCCUUGAGAAUGACUCAACCAAGAUUUUGAACAUGUCCAUAUUUGAUCUGAUCAAUAAUGAGAACACCUUGACUCGGCAUCAGACAGAAGAGGUUGUACCCAAACUGAAGGUCACUCAGCAGCUCAUCCAGGAGAUCUACACCAGUCCAGAUCGUCCACCACGACCCAAACAAUGCCCGAUAAAACCCAUGAGAUUGUUCCAGCCAGUGCAGUAUGGGACAAACCCAGAAGGUCGUCUGGCUGCCAUCACAACAGCAUCAGGCCAGAGUUCCACAGCUACUACUAUCACCUCUGUCUCCACCACUAGCCAAUCAGCCCAGAGCAGAGGCAAGUCCCCGGUCACUCCUGCAACUACUAAUGCCACUUCUCAUGCGGCUGGAACGGCUUCUCAGAGAGCCCAGACUUCCCCCCCUGUCAGCAACAGCAGCAGCAACAUUGCCGCCUCCACUGGGAACAGUGGCAUUGGGCAGCAUGUGUUGGGGGCUGCCCCUGUGGCUUUGGGCCAGAGCUUAGCUGGCCCAGUCAUGGGAUCUAUGGCUCCCAUCAGGCAGCCUGGAUUAUCACAGGUCCCCAGGCCAGCUUUAGCCCCCAGCCAUGCCAUCCAGCCCAGCUUACUGUCCCAGAGGCUGGUUCUUACAUCCCAGGCCCAGGCACGGUUGCCUAGUGGAGAUGUGGUGAAGAUUGCCCAGCUGGCCAACAUAGCAGGAAGUCAGAAUCGUAUUUCCCAGCCAGAGACUCCCGUCACACUGCAGUUUCAGGGUAACAAGUUCACUUUGUCUCCCAGCCAGCUCCGCCAGCUCACCACUGGACAGCCUUUGCAGCUGCAAGGUACACUCGGAAACAUCCUGCAGAUUGUGUCAGCUCCAGGGCAGCAGAUCAUCAGGCCCCAGGGACCCAUGGUAAUGCAAACAAUACCACAAGCUGCACCUGUCUCCAAUGCCUCAUCUUCACCUGGAACACCUCAUCCUGCCCUAACAACAGCCCAACAAGCAUUGAGUGCGACUACAAAUGCCACAUCAGCCCCCACCAAGCUCACGAUUGCAGCUCAUGCUGCUUCUCAAGAGUCCUCAGAAGAAAAGACACAUCAGCUUAAAGAGCGUUUGAGUCGCCUGUUCGAGGCGAACGAGCGACGCUGCAGUCGCAGAGUAUUGUAUGGGUCAGACCUGCUGCAGGCGUGCACUUUGAGUUCGGAGCCUGGUCACUCUGUCCUGACGGCGGGAGGCUGGAUGUGGGUGGGCAGAGAGAGCUGCCUCAGGGCUCAGAGAACCUGCAUGGCUUCCACCUCUACACUGCAAUCCUCUCUGCUCUCGGUGGAGGACCGCCUGGAGGCUGCCAACAGCCUUAUCAAGAGGCUUGUGUGUGUGGUGCCUCCAGCUGUAGCACAAACUCCUCACCUGUAUGCAGCCAAUCCCCUGGUCCCAUACAGCCUUGAGCAGAAGUCUCUUCGCUAUCGGCUACAAGAGGCCUCUGCCCCCCACAGUGCUGACAUCCACCACUUAGCGUCCAGGCGUCUCUUCCAUUUUCCUGAUAUGCAGAUAAUGCAGAUGGACUCGGGUAAACUGGAAGCUCUUGCUGUUCUUCUGCAGAAGCUUAGGUCAGAGAACCGCCGCGUCCUCAUCUUUACUCAGAUGGUGAAGAUGCUAGACAUCCUGGAGGCCUUCCUCGAUUACAGGCAGCUCACUUAUGUACGGCUUGAUGAAAGCUUCUCUCCUGACGAACGACAGGAGAAUCUGAAGAAGUUCAACAGGAACAGGCAGGUUUUCUGCAGCAUCCUGACCAACCGCUGCUGCUCUGCUGUUGGGACCGUGUUUGACGCAGAUACCAUCAUCUUCUACGACACAGACCUCAAUCCAAGCAUGGAUGCCCGCACCCAGGAGUGGUGUGACAAGAUAGGACGUUCCAAGGAUAUACAUAUAUACAGGUUGGAAAGUGGGAACUCCAUCGAAGAGAAGUUGCUGAAAAAUGGCACCAAGGACCUGAUCAGAGAGGUGGCUGCGCAGGGUACUGACUACACCUUGGCGUUCCUCACACAACGGACAAUCCAGGAUCUGUUUGAGGUGGAGGCAGGGUCAGGAGAGAAGGUGGAGGAGUUUGUCGUCCUUCACCAAGAGCCAUCGGCGUCUGAAGCCAUUUCUCCCAGAGUGGCCAGACCCUACAUCCAGGCUCUCCAUAGCAUAAACCUGGACGCCCUGCCAAAGGAGGAAGAGCAGCAGCAGGAAGCGGAGGAGUUAGCAGGCAAAGAGUCAUCACAUGACAUCCUGGAGUCAGAGGGCCAAGCUAAAGAAGAGCCUGCUCAGAUUGAGGAGCUAAAUGCAGUCAUGGAACAGCUCACACCAAUUGAAAGGUACGCCCUGCAUUACCUCGAGUACCUCCACAUCAGUGAUGAUGAAACUGCUCUCAAGGAGCGGUUGGAGAACUCUAAGAGAGGCUGGGAGCUGCAGCAGCUGCAGAGGCUGAAGGAGGAGGAGCGGCAGAUGAUGGAGGGAGAUGAAGAUCUCUUCACCUACACCAGAGAGGAUGCCUACAACAUGGAGUAUGUGUUUGAUGCAGAGGAUGGCCACACAGAAAUAAUGCCGCUUUGGACUCCGCCCACACCACCACAGGAUGACAAUGACAUUUACAUCGACUCUGUAAUGAUGCUGAUGUAUGACACCACACCCAUGCCCGAGUCUAAGCUGCCUCCUAUCUACAUCCGCAAGGAGAACAAGAGGCUCAAGAUGGAUCCCUCAGCAGCGAGAAAGAAAAAGAAGGGCCACGGGGAGACGGUCAUUCCUCCACGCUCCCUCUUCGAAAAGGCCAGCAUGCUGAAAGUUCGCCGCGAGGGCAAGGACCAGAAAAAGAACUUUUCCCUCAAGCAGCAGGCCCCCUUUGCCAAGCCGUUACCCUCGCUUGUUAAACCUGCCAUGGAGGCCGGCCAGGACAACCCCGAGUGGCUCAUCAGUGAGGACUGGGCUCUACUUCAGGCUGUGAAGCAGCUACUGGAGUUGCCGCUGAACCUGACAAUCGUGUCUCCUGCCCACACUCCUAACUGGGAUCUGGUGAGCGACGUGGUGAACUCUUGCAGCCGCAUCUACCGCUCGCCCAAACAGUGUCGCAACCGCUACGAGAAUGUCAUCAUUCCCAGAGAGGAGGGCAAGUUGGUGUAUGAGGCGAACCCCAAGAAGAAAACAAAGAGCAUAUACAAGUCCAAGAACAGUCGUCCUCUAAGGACCUGUCAGAUCUACACACAAGAUGACAAUGCUACUCACAUUCAGCUCUACAACAGCCGGUUUGAACUCAUGAAGAUCAUCGCAAGCAAGAGGAGCCCCCCUAUAAAACCACUGCUUGGAAUGAAUCCAUUCCAGAAGAAUCCCAAACAUGCAUCAGUCUUGGCAGAAAGUGGGAUCAGCUACGACAAGCCCCUACCACCCAUUCAGGUUGCAUCUCAACGUGCUGAAAGAAUUGCCAAGGAGAAAAAGGCCCUUGCAGAGCAGCAGAAAGCUCAGCAGUUGGCCCAGCAGCAGGCUGGAGCUCCCCAGGCCCCGGCUGCCGCCGGCCAGGCCCAGACUACUGCUGCUGCUGGCCAGGCUCAGGCUCAGGUCCCCCAGGCAGCCACAGUGGCCGGAGCUGCUGUGCCUAAUGCAGCCGUUCUGGCUGGAGCCAUAAAAAACUCCAUUGUGGGAACAACCAUCCAGGCUGCCACUGUAGGGGGGAAUGUGAUUGUGAACACAGUAGCUGGAGUUCCUCCAAGUCCCUUCCAGGCCAACAAACGCCUGGCAUCUCCAGUCAUACCAGGCACCCUGUCUCCGGCUGGUGCAGCUGGAGCCCAGGUGGUCCACACACAACAGAGAGCCGUUACGGCUGCUACUGCUCCCACUGAAGUGGUCACCAUAGCGACAGGCCAGGGUGUUCGAGCGGUUACCCCAGUAACAGCAUCUGCAGUUGUUUCUACCACACUGAGCCCGGGGCAGUCACAGACUCGCCCACUGGUCACUCAGGUCACGCAAGCCACAGGUAUGCAACUGUCACAAGGAAAGCCUCUCAUCCCAGCCCACCUACAGAUGCUCCGACAGCAACAGCUGCAGCAGCAUCAACAGCAGCAGGCAUCUUCCCCGCAGAUCAAAGCUGUGGGCAAACCCCAGGAGUUGCUGAAGAUGCACAAGCAUAAGCUGCAGCUGCAGCAGCAACAGCAGCAGGUCGCUGCAGCAGUUGCAGCAGCAGCAGCCCAGGGCCAACAGGCUGCAGGGGCCCAGCAGGCAGCCCAGGUGCAGCCUGCUCAGGCUGCCCAAGCCAAUCCCCAGCUCGCAGCUGUGGCAGCAACCAGACCAGGAGCGGUGCUGACUGGCACCACUGUGGCCAACCUGCAAGUGGCCAGACUGACUCGAGUGCCCACUCAGGGUCAGAUUCAGGCCCAGGCGGGACAGACGGCCCAAGUGACCCUCACCAAGCCUCCUGUGGUCUCUGUGCCAGCUGUGGUUUCAUCUGCCGGUGUCACUACACUUCCAGUCACUGUAGCAGGCAUCAGUGUGGCUAUAGGCCAGGCCCAGAAGACCGGUGGGCCUGUGCUGACGCCAUCCUUCCCCCAGAUGCAAGUCCAGCAACUGCUUCAGAUGAAGAAGCAGCAACAGGCAGCGGUUCAGGCAGCAGCCGCAGCCCAGCAGAAGGUGGGGCAGCCACAGCAAGGACAGAACACUGUACAGCAGAAGAUUGGCACCCAGCAGGUGACAGUGCAGGCGGCCCAGCAGCCGCAACAGAAGGUGACCUACGCUGCCACUACCCAACUCCAACCAGGGAUCAAGACCCAGUUCUUCACCACUUCCAUCGCCCAGACUCAGAAAACAGCUGGAGCCCAACAAAUCCAGGUUGCUAAGCUCCCACAGAUAGUGCAGCAGCAACCCACCGUGGCCAAUAUUCAACAAAUCGUGUCUUCUCAGCAGAUCCAGCCUCAGACUGUGACUCUGACCCAGGCAGCCACUUCCGCCUCUGCUCAGGUGCAAAUGAUUCCCGCUGGUACUGCGACAGCCCAGGUGGUCCAGCAGAAGAUCAUCCAGCAGCAGGUGGUGACUGCAGCCGCCUCACCCCAGAUCCAGACGCCUCCUCCACACAGCCCUGCCCAGCAGCCAGCAGCACCCUCCGCCACGGAGUCCCCAGUGCUGCAGCCCACUCAGCCCCAACAGACCACCAAGGGUCAAGCUCGCCAGGGCGGAAUCAGGGCCAAAACUCCUGCCAAGCCCAGCGGGGGGAGCUAGAAGAGCCGCACUAAUGAAACUGGAUUGAUCAAGUGUUUGUUUGCAGCACACAUGUAACGGUACAGUCGUGCUGAAGCGCUCUUAUGGAUCUCACAGCAGCUGGGACACCAGACCUUAUAUCUUAACUUGAGCAUAUCUCAAGAUAACAUAACAAAUUCACCAUUUCGGUACUCGUACCUUAACAGUUUUGGCAGAUCCAUCACUGCACUUCUGCCCGCAAUUCUGUGGAGAUUUAUAAUUUUGCAUUACUGAAUCAACUGAGUUAAUUUUGUCUUCAUUUGAUCCAUGAAAUGUGGAAUGUUUCUUGAUAUUGCUACAACUUAAAAAUGUCCCCCACAUCUACGACCCAAUUCAUCUUGCCUUCUAAGUGGUUACUCAACAGAUAUGAGGCUGAUGAGUAAUUAUGCAUUGGGGAAUGCGAGCUGUCCAUUAGAAUAAAUGUAUUCAUAAAUAGUCCCUUUUAUGUCUAAUUCCCUUGUUGUUUAUAGAUCCUGAAUGGAGAUAAAUGCACGUUCCUUUAGUCAUUUGUUUUUUAUUGCAGCAAAUACACUGUAAACAUGUACUUUAGUAUUUUGUGUUUUCUCAUAAAUUGUCUUUUUUUAUUGAUGUGAAAGGAAAAAAAACUGUAAAUAUCAACAAAAACAUUUGUACUUGUAAAGUAGUUGUGUUUUCAUUGGGUUUUUUCAGCCUAAUUGUAAUAAAGUGUUUUGUUUUUAUACACAAAUUCAUCAUUUUUUCCUUUUUUUGCAUUAAAUCUGUUGUAAUUA